AUGAAGGCCUUCAUUAAGACAAUAUUAGCCUACGAUAAAAAACAAGACAACUUAGAAGGAGGCAUUUUAGGCCUCGUCAAAGCGUACUAUGGAUGUGUGGAAGCGCAGGGUCACAGAACGUUACAUUGCUAUAUGAUGGUAUGGGUGGAGGGUUCCCUUAAUCCUGAUGAGAUUAAGAAUAGAAUUAUGCUCCAGAACGAUGUUGAAUUUCGAGACCGCUUACUGAGUUUUUUAGAUGAUUCCAUAUCAAACGAAAUACCUCCCGAACCAGAACCUGAUAUCUAUGUACCAUCCGAUGGGGUGCAUGCAUGUACUGUUCAUGGAAUACAAAACAAUAUCCCCCCCCUUCACAGGGACCGAGCCAGGCAUAAAGAUCUUCAUAAUUUGGUUGAGGACUGUCAAAAACAUUCUCAUUCAAAAACCUGCUUCAAAUAUUGUGGUAAACAUGAAAGAAUUUGUCGAUUUGACUUAGAUGAAAAAAACUAUCGAGAACAUUCAACGUUCGAUUAUGAGAAAGGAGAAUUGUGCUUACGAUGUUUGGAUGGACUUGUCAAUAACUUCAAUGAGACAAUGAUUCGUGCUGUAUGGUGUAAUAUGGAUAUCAAGUUUAUUGGGUCUGGCGCAUCAGCAAAGGCGAUCUUGUAUUAUAUCACUGACUACAUUACCAAAUCUCAGCUGAAGGUUCAUGUUGCAUAUGCUGCUCUAGAAUUAUCCGUUAAGAAACUUGGAGAAUUUAAUCCACAAGAAGAUGACAUCACCGUAAGAGCUAAACGCCUCCUUCAAUGUUGUGCAUAUGCGAUGAUCUCACAUCAGGAGCUGUCGUCCCAGCAAGUCGCUUCAUAUUUGAUGGAUUACAAAGACCAUUUCACCAGUCACAAGUUCCAACAUCUGUAUUGGACUAGCUUCAAGUCCUUUUUAAACGAGGAACAACCAUCUCCUGAAUGCCAGCCUAUACCUUCUAAAGAAACAGAGUCAGAUCCGCAAGACAUGGAACGUCUGUUUAUGGAUUUAGAUAGACUUGCUGGUGAAGGCCCUGCUGAUACGCUUGCCAGUGAGGAUCAUGACGAAAAUUCUGCAGACUCUGAUCAUUCUAGACAACCAAUUAUCAACACUGAUGAUGAUGACGAUAAUGAAGACGAACCGGAGAGUGAUACCGUCGAAGAAGAACUGCUUCGUGUACAUGACAAUGGUGAGCAUGAAGUCUUUCUGUCAAUGGAUGACAAAGGCAAACUCAUAGCUUGA